UUGAGUCCAACCUAUAGCCUGCGCAGGACACCCUGAUAAUCCCAUCCGGUGCCUCAGAGCGUUGUCCGAACGCUUCUUGAGCAAUGGCAGGCUUGGGGUCGUGACCAUUCCUUGGGGAAACCCUUCCAGUGGCCGGCCACCCUCUGAAAAGCUUCUCCUGAUGUCCAGCCUAAAUCUCCCCUGACUCAUCUUUAUGUCGUUCCCUCGGGUCCUGUCUGGUCACGAGAGGGAAGAGAGCAGUGUCUGCCCCUCUGCUGUCCCUCGGUGGGAUGUUGAAGAGCACGAUGAGCUCUCUCGGUCUCUUCCAGGCUGGACAAAGCAAGUGCCCUCACCACUCCUCACACAGCUUCCCUUUCACACCCUUCCCCACCCUCGUGGCCUCCUUUGGGCGCUCUCCAAGAGCACAGUGCCUUCAUAUUGUGGUUAGCCUGGAGAAAACUGACAGGGGAUCUCAUUAAUGCAUAAAAAUAUCUCCCAGGGUGGUAGGAUGCUGGUGCAAGGGUCUUUUGAGUGUGCUCAGCAACAGGACGAGGAACAGCAUCCAUAAAUUAAAACACGAGAAGUUCCAUUUCAACACAAAAAUCUUUAUGCUGAGGGUGGCAGAGCACAGGGACAACUGCCCAGAGAGGGUGAGAUUCUCCCUCUCUGGAAAUGUUCCAAACCCACCUGGACACGUCCAGCUGUGUCCAUGCUCCGCAUGGCCCUGCCUUGGUAGGGGGCUGGACUGGGUGAUCUCCAGAGAUCCCUUCCAACCCUAACAAUUCCCUGAUCUCGGUGUGGGGUGGUGGAAGCCAUCAGGGCAGCCCUCAGGGUCUGUGCUGCCAGUGGCUCCAGCCCCACAGUGUUGAUGGAAUUGUCCAUGCUGCCUCAGUGCAAAGAUAAUGCAGAAAAACGUCAGGGACUGAAAGGGGCGUUGACCCCAAAGCCACUGAUCUGGCUCCGACAGCAUUUGAAAAACAGAGUUCAGUCUCUGACUCCACGGACAGCUUCGUUUUAGCAGUGACAGUAACUCAAAGAAUGUUUUCUUGUAAACUAUGGGGUCAGAAUCGCCACUUAAAGAACUGUCUCCUCCCAUAACAUAAGUAUGGAAAUAUUUUAUCAUUCUGCUAAGUACAUUCUUUCCCUCCAUGGGAAGAUGGAUUAUUUGUGUAGCUUUUAAUGUAAAUCACAUCCACAAAUUCCCUGCACAUCUAAAUCACAGGCUGUCCUACCAUCUUUGACACUAGGAAUUUCUGCAGCAUGGAGUGUGAGAAUCUGUAAAUAUCCUAUAUGCCAGUGGAAAUAUGUAAAUUACUUGGAAAAUGGAUAGCAGAAUUUUAUGUUGGAUACAUUAGGGAAGGAUCAAUAAAAAAGUGGAUUUUGUGCUGCACUAAGCAGUGCUGUAUAUAUUCCUUCCCUUUUUCAUGUCUGUUUGCCCAUCAUUAGGGUUUUCUUCUCUCAGACAUUGAAGAUGUUAUUGUCUCCUGUGGUGAUAAUAAGGAGAAAAGAAUGAAAAAUUGCUGUUACAGGUAAAAAAAAAAGAGUCAGGCCGUCCUAACUGGGGUGCUUACAUUCCUGCACCCUGAAAAAGGAGAAUAUACUACUAAAUACUGAGGUAAUUUCCUAAUCAGUAUACAAAAAUCAAAUGCUCAAAAAACUUUACAAUUCUCUAUUGACUGGGGAGCCCCAUGAAAAUGCUUGGUUUAGUCACAGGCAGUACACGUCAACUCUGUCACCUCACCUUAGUGCAUAAAUGAAAGGCUAUGGUAAAAAUAAAUUAAAAUGUAAACAAGAGGCAAGCAAGGAUGAAGGAAUGGGUUGUGCUUGAGAAGAGAUAAAAGCUCCCACCAUGGUUCAUGUUGGAAGGUGGCUUGGAAAGAAGGGAACAUGAACAGUCUGACUUAUCAUAAACAGGGAACAAUUCGUCAUUGCACAAUAACUAAAUGAUUACAGACACUCAUGGCUGUCAGGCCCCAAAUGUGGGGAGCACUGUUCAGCACAGAGUGUGAUUUCAGGCCUUAUCUCAGAUGCUGAAAAAUUUGACCUCAUCUUAUCUCAGAUGCUGAAAAAUACUCAUGGUUUCCAGAGGCAGUGAGGGCGACUGCUGGAAGAAGGGCUGGAAGGAGAUGUCCUGUGUGGUGACCGCAAAUACCAGUUCUCUGAGGUCUUGGUGAAGCCCUGGAUUUGUCACCACCACUUCAGAGAGGCCAGGGAUGUGCGUGUAUGUCCGGAUUGCCCAAAAGUUGUGAGUUUGUACCCGGAAUCCAGCUGCUGCUCCGUGUUAAUUUCCAGGUAUCAGAUCCAGGCACUGAACAUGUCAUUGACACCGUGUGUUGAGUUUCACCUGCUAUUCCUCCAGGACUUAAGCCAGAGAUGGAUUCUCACUUCUGGCUGCAGUUAAGGCUCCUGGAAAUGCUGUAACUCCACGCUGAGUUUUUGCCAGACAUAUGCACAAAGUGAUUAAAGUUUCAUUUGCAGUCAGUUUUUGAAGUGGACUUAAAUUCCCUCCAGUACACUUGCUCCCACGUAAUUCAUCCUUGGCUCUGCUAUGACAGCACAUUUCAAACACAUUAUGGCUGUUAUUCAUUAUUAUGCCUUUGACGUAGUGUUCGUGAAUUUUAACUGAAGAUUUAUUUUGAUAUAAAUUUUUUCAGAAUGAAAGCAACUAACUGAUUGUUUCACAAAAAUAAAAUAAAAAAAUCUGGCUUUCCUGCUGCAUUUGAACUCUGCUUUUGUACAUGGAAUGAAAAAAAACCUACAACCCUGAAUGUUUAGUUAUUCUGUAACCAGGCAUUUCAGGUCAAAGACACUGAAGGGAUCAAAAAAGAUAAGCAAAAUUAAAACACCAAGGUCAGAUAAAUUCUUCUCAAGAAUAGUGAAGAUAAAUCCAAGGAGGAAACAGAACAGAAAUCAGAUCUUAUCUCCACUUUGCUUCCUGGCCAAAGACGCUGAAAGUGUCUCCAAGAAGUAAAAAGAUAUCUCACAUUAACCGGUGCCAGUGUUGUCAGGAGAGACACAGAAUCAAACACACCCUGGCUGGAGAGGAGCACUGCUGAGCACGUUUGUGGUUCUCUGGAAAAGGAGAGGAUUACUGGGCACAAGAGCCAACUCUAACCAGUGGGGAACUGGUUUUAUUUCCAUGUAUAUCAUGCUGAGUCCUGAACAUAUCUCAGCCACCUACCUGCAUCCUGACCCUAGAUUUAUACAUCAAGCCAUGUAGAAAAUUGGGAAGAAAAGGAACUUUCUGGGGUUUUGAAGUCACCAUCCUUAUGUUACAGUCACCUCUUCACCGUGGCCAGUGUCUCACAGGGGCUGCCCAGGGAAACUCUGGAUGUGAAAUGGGAUUCAAAGGAUUGAUCACAAUUAACAAUUAACAUUGAACAAAGCUUCAAUGCCAAAGAUCAUAGAAUCAUAGAAUUGCCUGGCUUGGAAGGGACCAUAAAAAUCAUCUCAUUCCAAUACCCUUGCCAUGGGCAGGGACACCUACCACUAGACCAGAUUGCUCCAAUCCCUAUCAAACAUGGCCUUGAGCACUUUAUUUCAAGCUGAAAACCUCCAAGAACAGGACAAACAUACGGGUACUACACCUACCAUCUGCAGUUCAGCUGGAGCUAACCAGAGUCCCAAGCCCAUUGGUGAGAUGCAUCUCUCUUGCUUUGCAGUGUGCAGCUCCCUCCAUGAAUCAGGUAGUUCAGGGGGGAGGAAUCCUCCUUUCCCAAUGUGGCUGUCACAAAAAGUAGUACAUCAGUCUGCAAAGCCUCUUAUUGACUUAGCCAGGCAUUACCAGUACCUGUGAAAGUGGGAUGGCAAAAUCUGACCAGUGCUUCAAGCUUUGCUUGCAAAGUUGUUUACUCUGGUAAGAUGCUCUGACAGCCUUAGAAUGGCCAUUCAUUGAAAAAAAAAAAAGAAAAAAAAGAGAUUAUAUGCGCUUUAUCAGGACAUGCUUCCUGUAUGCAAUGAGGACUGAGCCAAGCAGAGUGAACAUUAUCAUUUAUUUUAACUGAAGGGUAACUUAUUACUGAGUGUCAUUCUACUCAGUAUGCUCUUUUAAUACUGAUUAUGCCAAUAACUUGAGCAAACAAACUGGAAGUUGCUACAGCUCAUUCUUUGGCAAAAGGUCAUUCACCUCGUGCUGUAAAUGGUCCCACUAAAGAGGUGUGUUUUUUCAGGGGCUGGAGUGUACCUCACCUGUUGAACUGGCCUUCACACAUGACUCAGGAGCAGAGUGAAUCACAGCUCACAGCAUACCCAGAGCAGGAGCACGGGGAGCCUGGUGUCACCACGGUGCUCCGAGGAGAUGUCUUCGGAUGACAGGGCUUAAAGAAGAAAUGUAGCUUCCUCCCUGCUGGGAACUCCACGUUUCUGGUGAGUUAGCAGAGAUUAACGGGCAUUCCUGCUGCACUGGCUGCUGGGUUAAUUUAUAGCUAUCUGUAAAGAAAGGCUUAUUUAUUUAUUCCAGUUAGAAAGCUUGAAUCCUUGGAAAUUUUAAGUGAAGGCAGACUUUUUAAGGAGAGACUGUCUGAAUGGCGAGUAAGAAGCAGGCUGAGGUAACUCCUGCGUAUUAAAGUAGUCAAAAGAAAAAGUGUAAUAUAACUUAGAUUGUCUCUUUAGCUUUUUACUGUACAGAGGUUAAAAAAUAGCACAGACUAUCUUCUUGCCUCAAUAUUUUAAAUAUUAAACAAUUAUUUGUGUUCCUUAAUGGUGCUCAGACCUUAAUGUACCUUUAUAAACCAUAUUAUCCAUUUGCAUGUCUGUGGUGUGACAUUGUCUAUAUAUCCUCUAUGAAUCCCAAAGACAGGACAUCCCACUUUAAUACUGUGUUUGAAAUAACAGACCCAUUUUAAGGCAAUCUGCUGAGAUAGGACAACCACCAGAGAGAGAGUCUGGAUGACAAGAGGAGACUAAUUUAAAAAGACUGAGAUUUUCUAAAUGCAUUGUCCCAUUCUGUGUAGUGAGUUUUGAAUACAGAGCCCAGAGGGACAUUAUCAUCUCAACAGAAGAUGUACUUGAUGGUCUUUCCAAAAGAUUUCCCCACAUCUUUUCUUAAACCAGUAUAAUACGUAUCUAAAGACUUCUCAUUUGCAGAAUGAGGGCAAACUGUGAAUAUCAGAGCUGACAAAAGCCAAGCACAGGGUGGGUUCACAGCACCACGUUCUGUGCCCUGGCUGGAAAGAGUCCACGUGCAGCUGUGGAUGUGUGUGUCCCUGUGUCCCCACAUGGCACAGCCCCCUUGCUGGAUUAUUCCAACCUUUAGAGCACCAAUCCCUCAGCUCUGCCUCCUGCAUGUGAUAUGUCUCAGAUCUUCAAGGGUUUCCAUUAUGAGAAAGGCUUUUACCAUUUAAGUGCUGGGAUCAAUGCAUAGAGCAAAAAGCCGUCCCUUGACAUUUUCCUGUAAUAUCUUGAGAUUUCAUUGAAUGCUAGCAAAGUCCACAGAUCCACAGGAGGAUUUAAAAUAGCAUUGUUGUGUGACUCUUUGUUCCUGAAAUACAUAAUACUGUACAGAUUUUGGAGCUUUUGAUGUUAAAAUCCCAUUUGCAAGAAGAAAGAAAUUACAAAGACGUUCAGGAGUCAAUAUAAACUCAAAAUAACACAGGUAAAAUGUUUCUUGAGUGCCACUGGCCUCUUUGUUCUUUCUGCCUCCUUCCAUACGAGCAGAAAAUGCAUGAGCUCUCUCUCAUUUGAGCUUCCCCUGUUGUACCCAAGCUGGGAAGCAACCUCAGAAGGGUCUUGGGUGCCUUCAGAGGGAGAGGAGAGCAAAGUGCACACUCGGAGUUGCAGAGGCCUGGAUCUAAGGGCUCAUCCCUGUGCAUCAGCCACCAGUCACUGCUGAGUUGUGCAGGCAGGGGAGCAAUGGGGAGGAACAUCCCCCACGCUGUCCCAGCUGCUCUGGUGGAGCAGAGCUCGCCCACGUUGGGCAGCAGGGCAGAGCAGCUGUGUGGGGGAGGCUGGGGGAGACGCCUUUAACAAUCUCUUCCAGGCUGGAAGAUCCAAACUCCUCAGAGCACGUCCAGCCCAACUGUGGGAGUCACUGUUUCCUUACUGGGGGAACUGGUGGUUUGGGCAAAAUUCUGCCCAGACUCCACUGGAGUAGACACACUGAACCCACAACACUUUGGUUUGCAGCUUUGAUGAGUGAAAUUAAUCUUGUUAUUGUGAUUUAAAUAUAAAAGAUCUGUAAAAUAACAGAAGAUUCCCUCAAAAUCUUUUACCUGAAUGUCCUGUUAAUGCACAAUAAGGGUCCAUUCUGCUGCUGUGUUUUACCCACAAAGUUCUGGCCUCCCAUCUCGGGGGAGAUUUGGCUGCUGGUCACUACUUGAUGAACUAGCCAAGUAGUUCCAGCAGCUUUCCAGCAUCCCUGCUGUGCAUAGACACCAGUAGGUAGCCCACAGCUUAUGAAACACCUUGGGGGAAAAUCAGCAACAUGCUUGUCAAAUAUUCCUCUUUGAGCAAAGGAUUACUCAGAAGCCUUGCACAGCAAGAUUUAACACAUUCAAGUGCCACUUCUUAUUAGGGUGUAGCUGACUUGUAACUUAUUUUCAUUGGCCCAAGGCCUUAUUUCCUGCUUUGUGAGGGGUGAUCCAUGUGAAUAAGCUAAAGGUUACCUGGAUGGAAGGGUAAUUGGCACACGUAACUGCAGGGAGCAGCUUUACCCCUAUUUUCUGAAAUACAAAAUGGACCACGUACUUGAGAGUCCCCUCCUCUAAGAAUUGCUAGCAGGUGGUUUUCUGGCAGCAGGGAGUAAGCCUUCAUGCCUGGUUAGCAAUAAAAUGUGAACUUUGAAUUGUGAAGACAUUGAGAAUGGGGGGGAAAAUAGGAGCAAUCAUUAGGUCUAUAACCGACGGGACAAAUGCUUCCCUGAGGAGUCAGCAGCAGUGCUGUUGACACGCCUGGCACAGUGGACCAUGCUUGGGAGCAAGUUUCAGGCAGCACCAGGCCACAGAGCAAAGGCAGGUAAAAGCUGGGAGUAUCAGACUGUCAUAAAAGUCUUCAUAUAAUAAUUAAUGGCCUGUGGGGCCAGAAUGUCUGAGGGAUGCAUGUGUGUUGUGGUGUCACUGACCUGCCAGUGGGUGAUGGCCAGCGAGCAGUGGGCUGGGAGAGCCACCUCAACACCUCACAGUGGACAGGCAGGAACCCCUGCUCAGGACUAAUUUGGACAAGCAGCCGUAAAAGUUGGAUUGAUGCCACUAAUAAAUGAGGGACUAAAGGUCAAGGAGGAGUUUCUGUUUCCCUGAGGGAUGGGAGACACCGCAGCCUCAAUGGCAAGCCAGCCUUGCCUCCUCUUGGAGCUCAGCCUUCCACUUCCUCAUCUCCACACCCAUAUUCUGCCAUCCAUGGGUUGGCAAUAGGUAGUCACAUGCAAAGUAUAUGUUCUCUAGGGAUUAUGGCAGGGGAGCAAGCAGGGACGCUUUGUUAGCUGGGGAGGGGCUGGCUCACAGAGCUGAGCUCACAUCUGUACAGGUUCACCUUGGCAAGGGGUCCAACCCGGGCAGCAGAUGCUGUGCCAGACCCCCUCUGCUAUCACCUUGGUGGUCCAGGGAUUUCUGCACCCUGUCCUGGCAGGUCAGACCCACAUUCUCAGGAGGAAACAGAUGCUGAGGUACAUGAGACCCCCUCUUUGAAGAGAGCUGGAGUAGGGAGGGGAAUCAGGUUCUCUCUCAGCUCCUUACUUUCUCUGUCUUUUGCAGGCAUCUCCACGCUGAAGAAAUACUGUGAAGGUGUGAUCCAUCCCAUCUGCAUAUACAAAUAUGAAGUUCUUCUGGAUAAUCCCAUUUUUCCUGCUGCAAGCUGAGGCAGAGCACAAGUACCUCCCAACCACCCUGGCCAGCACACACGUGGACGAGCACACAGCAGGCAACAUUACACUUCCACUGGGCUUGGAACUGGAACAGCUGGAGGAGCUGCUCUGGUUCUUCCGCAGAGAAGACCCCUCAACAUGGAAUUACUCUGUUCUUGCGCUGUCCCUCGCGACCAUGAUUUUGGGUCUCGUUCUUCUGACCAUUAACAUUGUGCGAAACAGGAAAAGGAAGAGCCUCGUGAACAGAGAAGCAGCACAAACCACACAGGAGGCUGACCCUGAUGCCAAGCAAGCCCUGAUGCCUGUGCAGGAAUACAGCCUGGCUGAGCCACUAAAGCAGCAGCCAGGGCCCCAGGACCAGAAACCAGGGGACGUGAUGGUCCAGUGGAAGGAUGGGACUGUCACAUCUCUGUACACAGAGAUGUCUGAGGAGGCCAUAUAGUGGCAGCUGGAGUCAGCCCAUUUAGGCCUUAAGGAAGGUAUCAGAAUGUCUCAAUUCACAGGGGUGCAAGUUUAAAAAUGCAGUUUAGCCUGGAGAAAGAAAAGUGUGAAACAAGAAAGCAGCAGAGUUGCAUCUGCAGGAGGGGCCCUGGGCUCAGCUCCUGCCUGGUUGGUGUUCCCCCACUGCUCUGGCUGCUUCCAGCCUUCCCUCCAGUGCC